ACGACGGGCGCACCGAAGGCGAGCGCCCCCGCAACGCAGAGAGGACCACCGCGGACACCCAAGGUGGUCACGCCCCCUCGCGCACCGCGAACAUCCGCGGUGACCCUGACGUUGAAAGAGGGGGCGAGGAUGUCGUACGCCGACGUCCUGGAAGCGGCAAGAACGAGGAUCCCGUUAUCGGAGCUCGGCACGGAGCGCCUCGAGAUGAAGAAGGCGAUGACGGGCGCCAUUAUAAUACAAGUCCCCGGAGACAAGGACAGGGGAAAGGCGACGCUACUGGCGACGCGGCUGGCCGAGACGCUGGACCCGACGGCGGUGAGAAUCGCCACACCGACCAGGAUGGCGGAGCUACGCGUGACCGGGAUAGACAUCUCGGUCAAGAAGGAGGAGCUGCGAAGAGCACUGGCCUCGGCGGCGGGAUGCGGCAGCGCGGAGGUGCAAGUGGGCGAGAUCGGCGCCACCAGAGGCGGCCUCGGAUCGGCAUGGGUCAGGUGUCCGGCGGCAGGAGCCCGCAAGCUGGCCCAGGCGGAGAAGAUAGCCCUGGGCUGGUCAACGGCGAGGAUAAGGGCCAUACCGAAGCGGCCGCUGCAGUGUUUCAGGUGCCUGGAACUGGGGCACGUGCGCGCCACUUGCGUAUCCGGCGAGGACCGAGGGCACCUGUGCUACAGGUGCGGCGGGAGCGGACACCGCGCCAGAGAGUGUCCCGCUUCCGUUCCCAAGUGGCCCGUCGUCGCAGACUGACGCGCGACGAGGAGGAGAUCUCCCGCCGUUACGAGGAGUACAGGGAGGCGAGACGGACUCUUCAGCGGGAGAUCAAGACCGCGAAAUCUCGGUGCUGGACGGAGCUGAUCGAGGAGGUCGAAUCCGACCCGUGGGGACGGCCGUACAAAGUGGUCACCAAGAAGCUACGACCCUCGGCGCCCCCGCUGACCUCGGACAUGGAGCCGA